AUUGUUAACGCUCAAGAAGCUGGUCUUGCAUCUCGAGCGUGGAAACUUAUCGCUGGUGAAAAUGAAUGGUUAACAGCCGAUAAAUUGCAAAUAUCGCAGGCUUCCCACUUUAUGAACUUCCAACCUGCUAUGAAUGCCAAAGGCAUCUAUGCUUAUAAGCAUCCCUUACUAUGUAAAAAAAAUGAUGAUGAUAAGGUCGUAGUUGUUUUUCUCGAUACCAACGGUUUCUGUGAUAACGAAUUCCACUUGGAUAAAACUAUCUUCGUUCUGAUGUCUCUAAUCUGCUCACAUCAUAUUAUUAAUGUCCAAACCCAUUGCGAUGACACUGAAUUCGCUAUUUUAAGUGUAAGUGCUAAGUUAGGAAAUACAGCAUACUCGCAUGAUAGAAUUGAGUAA